UGGCAAUUUAUUCAGAAAUCAUGCAAUGAAUGUAGCUAAUUUCAUGUAAAAACUGCUGUUUCAAGUUCUAUACGCAAUAACACCUACAUGUAAUUUUAAUUCUGUGCUCUUAGGUUUCAGCCCUGGUUAUUCAAGUCUGUUGAUGUUUCUGAAGGAUGUUGGGGAGAUAAACUCCACUGUGUUUCGCAGCAACAACCUCGCCUCCAUAACCAGGCUCAGGAUCGACAACGCUGGUGUCACAGGUAUCGCUGAAGGGGCCUUUAGUUCUUUCCGGAACCUCACAAGUCUCAGUUUAAACCAAAACUUGCUGACAGAGAUUAACCCAAACUGGUUCGGUCGGCCUCAUGUCCUCAGCAAUCUAAGCCUUACGGGAAACCAAAUCGAAGUUCUGAAUCCGUCCACGCUUAACGGGCUCCUUAACCUCACAAGGCUCAGUCUGAAUAAGAACAGGAUCAAAACAAUUGAUCUAAAUAGUUUUAGCUCCAACCCCAUGUUGGCUGAGUUGGACUUGUCUGAGAACAGGAUGACUUGGGUCUCACCUCAGGUCUUCAGGUCUCUCAGAUCCACCAAGAUCAGAUUGGAUGGGAACCCCUGGGACUGUUCCUGUGGAGCUCAAGACUUUGUCGACUUCCUCAAAGAUCUCCAAAGCAGAUCCCUGUUAGACAGACAGAUGGACGUGACCUGUGCGAGUCCUCCGUCUCUGAGGGGUCGACCUGCGUGGAACGUGACGGUGUGCGUGACGCCUGCCCCACCGAGACCAUCGUCAGUUACGCAAUCUGUCCAUCCCAAACCAACUGUUAUCCCCACAGCAGUCCCUGCAUUCACAUCUGCAAAAGUUGUGUCAACACUUCCACCACGACCAACAUCAGAGACAAAAACGUCUGUCCAACCCAAACCCAGUGAUGCACCCAUAAUAAUGUCCUCACACACGGCAAAAGUUGUGACAACACCUCCAGCACAACCAACAUCAGAGACAAAAACCUCUGGUCAACCCAAACCCAGUGAUAUCCUCAUAACUGUCCCUACGUCUACUUUAAAGGCUGGUUAGUUUCGUUCAUACUUACAACAUGUUUACCAGUGGAAUCGGACCAUUACGAGAUACUAGAGACAAAAUCUGUGGGGAAAAAUUCUAAUUUCAAGAAAAAAGUCGUAAGAGGAAAAAUAAAUC